UAAACAUUUUUUUUUUUUUGUGGUAUAUCACAAAAUGGAUUUACAAAAUUUGGAGAACUAUCCUGUGUACAUAUUAAAUGUGAUUCCGGAGCUGACUGAAGAAAGCAAUGUACAACUACCACAACAAAUUAAUUCUGGAGAAUUGAUGUCUUACAACUUCUAUGUUCCAAAUGUAGACCAUCAAGUUCCGACAGUCAGCACUGAGUGUAUUCCACCAAUAGUUUCUCACACAAAUUCUACAAAAUCUAUCCAAAAAAUAUCUUAUGACAAAACUAUACACCACUCAGCAAUCAAAAACGAUCAAUCUACAGAACCACACAUUAUCACUUAUUCAGAUAAAUUUGUUAAAGAUGUAUCGUUGUUACUUAAAGAUGAAGAUAUGCUUAAUGAUGAUAAUAAAGUAUUGAAAUAUGACUCAACAACUGAUACUAAUGUUAUUGUCCAGUCCAAUAAAUUGCCUAGUAAGACAGAAAUUUGUUUCAACAUAAAAAAAGUAAAAUACAAUGUUAAAUCAGAUUUUGUCUGUGGAGGAUGUGGUAAAACUUAUUUAGGACAUAAAAGAAUGCAAGAACAUUUGGAAAGAUUUCCUUCUCACAAGAUGAAUACUGCCAAUAAACAAGUGGAUUCAGAGUUACAAAAUAUUUUUCAAAACCUCCACGAAACACCGAUGAAUAUUGAUAUAAUUAAUAGUAAAAAAGAAAUUCAUACUCAGACAGAAAUUGUAAAAAAUAGACAUUGUGCUUAUAUAAGGUCUAAAAAAAAUUUGCAGUUACAUUUGAAACAAAUAAUUAAACAUCUGAAAAAAACCAACCUUAUGAAAUCAUUGUCUGGAACAAUAUCUGUUUGGGAUUUACUAUCUAGUACACUUGAGAGUGGAGGUCUGCAAGCAUUUUCCAAAGAGCUAAAUACACUAAUUAUAAAUUUAAGAAGUUUAUCGAAAUCUUUUAAAAUUGUAUCAAAUUGUGAAUCUAAUUCCAUUGAUAACAAUCAUAUUUUUAUAGAUGAUUCAUUAGGACAUUUGAUGGGUUUACCAAAAGGCUCUUAUACUUUAAGAGACAUUCAGAAUGAUUAUGAAAUGGAGCCAGAAUCUAGUGUUUGGACUAUGGACUCUACAAAAUCUAUUGAACCCAAAGUGACACCUCAAAAUUUAAAUUGCCACUCUAGUCCUAUUCAUUUAAAUAUUUUUGAUAGUCAAUCAUCUAAGGUAGAUUUCUUACUGAGCUCUAGUAUGGAAGAAUCAAUAUUAUGUGAUGAAAAUCAAGCUGUUUUGGAAAGUGUAGAUGGUCUGGUAUCUGAAAGGUUACGCUCAAUGUCUGAUCAUUUGCACACAAAUGUACCUAUAAUUGAUUAUCCAAUAGCAUCCACAUCAUCUGCUACGAACGUCUCUCAAUCAGAUUCCUUUAUGGGUCAUGGAGUCUAUGAAGUCUUCACUAAUGAAUUGAAUCUAGUCCCAACAUCUACUGAAGAGUUCAUUAAAAGCUUAGAACAGUUUGAACCACUAAAUGACACUGAUAGCGCACUGAGUACAGAAACGAGAAUGUUAGACUUUGAAGAUCUUCAACACACGUUUCACACUUCUUAGGUUAUUGAGACAAAAUACCAUCAAUAAUUGACCAAUAGCUAAAUYAUAUCUCAGUAGCUAAGAGAAAUAUAUUUAAUAUUUAUUUUAGUUUUUUUUGACAUAAAUUUAUAGAUGUUAUUCAUCAUUGAUAGAUAAAUCUAYGGCUUUGAAUAAGAAUAAAUCAGAUGUAAUUAUUGAAAGUAAAUACAAAAAAUUGCAUAUUUUGUUAAAAUUUUUUGAUUUAUAUCAUAGAGAUAUCAGUUAGGAUGACAUUUGAAGUCAAUGUUUUGACUAUAUGCAUACUCCAACAUGAGAAUGUUUGUUUUAGUUGAUAUCCCUAUAAUUACAUUAGCAUUGUCAAGGUGUUGUGCAUAUACAAGUAUACCAACAGUACAUGGUUCACAACUUGGGAGUCUGAUGAUAGCUCGAACCGCUAAAUAAAGCUUUAGUAGCCAGCUGCCGCUUGUGGAUAAGCACCUGACUGAUACUUGUCUCCUGGUGUGGACUGGUAAAAAAG